AGCGGUGAAGUGGGCAGUCCUUUCUGUAGUGGACCUGUCGCACAAGAUAUUUAGCAUAAAGUCAGUCCCCCGCUGUAUGGGGAUCAAGCCUUCACUCUUCGACUGCCUUCAUGUCUGACAGCAUUGAAAGAGGGAAACUGACGAUUUUUUACUUUACAAACAGAGGAACUUUCUUCAUGUCAGCAACAUCUCAUUCGGACAACCAUUAACCCACACCAAGCUUGCCUUUUCGGGGGAUUAAUUUAACCAGACCGGGAUUUCAUAGCCUGGCGGCCGAGGUUAUGGAUUUUAACCUUCUGACAGACAGUGAAGCCCGUAGCCCAGCGCUAUCGCUUUCAGACUCUGGAACGCCUCAACAUGAUCAGGGAUGCAAAGGCCAAGACAACAGUGACACAGAGAAGUCCCACCAGAACCAGACAGACGAGUCAAAUGCAGAGGACGGCUCUCUGAAGAAGAAGCAGCGCAGGCAGAGGACCCACUUCACCAGCCAGCAGCUUCAGGAGCUGGAGGCCACCUUUCAGAGGAACCGCUACCCCGACAUGAGCACACGGGAGGAGAUUGCCGUGUGGACCAACCUCACAGAGGCACGAGUUAGGGUAUGGUUUAAGAACCGCCGUGCCAAAUGGAGGAAGAGGGAGAGGAACCAACAGGCUGAGCUGUGUAAAAACGGCUUUGGUGCCCAGUUCAAUGGACUAAUGCAGCCCUAUGAUGACAUGUACUCUGGCUACUCAUACAACAACUGGGCCACCAAGAGUCUGGCCAGCAGUCCACUGUCAGCCAAGAGCUUCCCCUUCUUCAACUCCAUGAAUGUAAGCCCCUUGUCCUCCCAGCCCAUGUUCUCCUCCCCCAGCUCUAUCCCCUCCAUGAACAUGGCCUCCUCCAUGGUGCCCUCGGCGGUGGCCGGGGUGCCCGGCUCGGGCCUCAACAACCUGGGCAACCUGGGCAACCUCAAUAGCUCCACGCUGAACUCGGUGGCGGUCACCGCCGCCACCUGCCCUUAUGCCUCCACCGCAAGUCCGUACAUGUACAGAGACACCUGCAACUCCAGCCUGGCCAGCCUCCGACUGAAGGCCAAGCAGCACGCCAACUUUGCUUACCCAGCCGUGCAAAACACAGUCUCCAACCUAAGCCCUUGCCAGUAUGCAGUGGACCGGCCGGUAUGAAGACAUGUACCCACUCCCACCCAGCCUGCCCUGUACCCCCCCAACCUCUCAGACCCACUGCCCCCCUCUCCCUCUCCUCCUCCCGGUCCCUGCUAUGCUCCAUCAGUGAAUCAGAGUUAACUGCACACAUCGUCAUCACCAUGGACUAGUUAACAAGACGCUGUUUGUCUAACUGAUGCUACACAACAGGAAUAAGCUUUAACAGUUAGAAGAAAAUCCCUGAUGGACCACCACGCUUCAAAGAACUCUCUCAAAUACGCUGAGACUUUGUCGCUGAACCGACCAACUGUCAAAAAGGAUUUCUAAGUUUAAUCCAAUAUCAUUUUUUUGGGACUGCAUGACUCGAGUGAAUUUAAAAUGAAGAAAACCUGGAUGCUUCUACUGCACUGGUGGUCAACAUCUUGGCCAAACAUGAAAUCAUUGUGACGCUUGCCACCAUC